UAUGCUGCGGGCAAUAAUCUACAUCUGGAAGCAAAAAGUAGCAAAACAAUUGGAAACUUUUCAUCCUAUGGUGGUUUCGUGAUGAUAUUUCGUAGAACUGCUUGUGGGGUGCGACAAGGUAAUGAUGAUAAUCGUAAUUCUAUUUGUGCGACUAUUUAUUUUCAGGAGCCGCCAACGGCGUUCAGAAAUAUCUCCUUGUUUAGUGCCCAAGUGGAUGAGAUACAAUGGAUGGACACGGACGGUGCAUUACUCAUAAUAGGAUUUUAUUUUGGAAAUUUUCCGAGCCCAAAGCGGAGAUCGACGGAGCCGGGCCGGGGAUGCUACCGUAACCAUGGCGAAGCCGGAUUCCCUCCGCCUCUAAAAUUAACCGCGUCCGCUUUCUGCAAUUGUUCCUAUACGGAUUAUUUAAUACGCUUUCCCCCCUUCUGCAUACGUGCAUGCAUUUGCAUUGUUGUCGUCAAUCUAGAAGAGCCCUAUUUCUUGUUGAUGCAUGUACAUCUUGUUUCUCUCGAUUGCCGCCGUCGUUUGAUUCCGAUGUUCCUUGGGGGUUGGAUCGGGUUUCAUCUGGAAAACGCUUAGUUUCAUUCACAUGUGUGUUUAACUCGAUGUAAUGGUACGAAGACAGUCAGUCAUCAUAGUCCGCAGCAUUAUUACAACGUCGCAAUGGAUAUAAAUUAGUCUGUUUAUAUUAAUUCCAAUUUUUUCACUUCUUCAACUUCGACUCCACUAAUCCUACGAAAUUAACCUUUUUGCAACUGGAUCUGUGUUAAUGGCACGGCAUUACCGACCAACUUCUAUCCUUACUCGAUUUUUGUUGUUCCUUCAAAGCUGCCAAUUAAAUACUUUUUUAUUCAAUUGUUGGUAUUUAUUA